GUCAGUACUUACAUUCAGCUAUCAAUUCCAAGCUGGGAAAUACGUCAAAUCAAACACGAAAACUGCGGGGAGGCGAAAGCCCUGGUAUCACGACUCAGUACUACAGGAUUACGUGCCAUGGGGUUAGUUGAUUACCUGAUGAGCAGGGCUGACAUGGGCAGGCUUGCCUGA